AUGACAAUGGAAGCCUGCCUGGUCAAAUACCGUUCAUACUACCACGAUAUUGGUUUGAUUAUACUCUCUAAACCAGUCGAAUACAAUGACAAAGUACAGCCUGUCUGUAUUCCUGAGUUGAACCAGGCUCACGCGAACUUAAACAAUAAGAAGGUCGUUGUUACUGGUUGGGGUGUUACUAGAAGAGCUAAUGAAAAACGUGACGUUCUACGUGAACUGGCGGUUACAAACGGACGGCGCAACAAGUCUUAUCGAACACUGCCAUACUCCAAGCUCAACCGAGGAAUCACUGAUGACAUGAUUUGUGCUGGGUAUCAGGAAGGAGGGAGAGAUGCUUGUGAGGGCGACUCUGGUGGACCUCUGAUGUAUCAGGAUCUAACAACAGGAAGAGUGGAAUUAGUGGGAGUUGUAUCAUUUGGGUUCGAUUGUUCUCGUCCCAAUUUCCCCGGAGUUUACACGCGCCUUUCGAGUUACGUUAACUGGAUCGGGGGAACUUAUAUUUUACAUGCUAUCUUUCUUAUAGCCAAAGCUGUGGG